CGAAAUACGAUUUAUUUGUUCGUCAUCCGCGCGUGCACGCGCGGGGCUCCCAAAUCCAAUAAUGAUUUGAAUACCCGCGUACCCGAUACGGUUUCGCGUUAUUUCGGUCGCACGCCGCGCGGUAUCGCGCCCGUAAUUUUAUAAACACUUUGAAAAUCUUGCGUCACCGGCGGGUUUCACGGCCGCUGAGAUUGCCUCUGAUCGCUCCUAGGGCUUCGUCUGCGCCGGCAGCAAAAUAAUUAUAAAAUCGUACCAACGAAACGAGAUAAAUCGAGGCUGUCCCCUCCUCCUCGGUCUCCUCCCCCGUCCUUCGAGCCUGUAUUUUUUCAGCUUCAGGAAGCCGUCUGCGUUCUCGAGGAGAGGCGGCAGUCUCUCUCUUUCUCUCUCUCUCUCUCUCGUGGGCCUAUACAAAUUCGAGCCAAUCAUUUCGCUCCCCUUUUCCCUCACCUUGUAAAUUCGGAUCGUAUUCGAACGGAUCUAUAUCGAGCAAGGUCCAGCAAGGAAUAUAAUAGUUAUCGCGCGUCCGGAUUCUCAAUCAUUGCGCUUAAUAAUAUUAUCAUGAAUUCGUAAUUAUAUAUAAACAUACAUUAUAAAUAUAUUUCUUUCUUUCCUUUUUAUAUAUUGGAAUAUGAAAUGUACUGUAUUCUCUGUGAAUUUAUCUCCAUUUAUGAACACGUAUUUCCGUAUGUAUUUCUAUUUAAAUGUACCUAGACGUUCAAUUGUAUUGACGUGUAUAAAAGAAUGCAGAGUUGACACAUUCGCACGUUAGUUAUAUCAAAAUUGCGAAAACGUGAUAUUUUAUAUUGACACGAAACUUUUCAAUUACACAAUGUUUACAUAACUGACGUAUAAAUUAUGCCGUGAAAUUACCGUUUCAAUCGUUAUUUAAUUCGCGAAAUAUGGCGGAGCCCGAAGCGGAACCCGAAGCGGAACCAGAGGUUGAAACUAAGGAAGAGCCGAUAAGUGAAAUUGUGGAGGAGGUUACGACAGACGCGAUCGACACCGAUGCAACGGAAGCUCCAACGGAAGAUGCAACGGAGGAUAUAACAACGAUCGAGACCAGAGACACUAUCAAUGAUCAAACUACCGAUUACGAGAGCACCAUUCCGGACGGGGAUAGGGACAGAGAAGAGGAGAAGAGAUUUUGGCUAGAGAGAGACGUGGAUGAAGGACCUAUUUGGAGCGUUAUAAAAUCAUACGCGGAGUUGAAGAGGGAAGACAAAUAUAGGCCAUUGUUAUCCGAUGUCGCGAGGCUACCACCUCGCGCGGAGGAUGCCAUCGAGGAGAUGCUUCCGCUUUACGAGUGCUUCCCGCUCGGCGGCUUUCAACAUCAAGCUGAUCGACGGUCGAUUGAUCUAGAUCCAUGCAAACGAACGCGAAUCUGGAGAAGCAUGAGGACGAGACCGUCGACAAAGGUAUAUGGAAGGAGAGGAAAGGUACGAAGAACCGGAAGUGGGAAUUGGCCGAGUGUGUGGCCGUGCGUUACGCGAAAUGAACUGAAGAUGCGAGAGAAGAAAGAGCGAAAGAAGCGAAGGGACAUUUUUCCUUGCGAUUCACAGUAUGAAAACGACGAAGAGGAGCUUCUCCUGCGCGAGCAGAGGAGCGAUUUCGCGAAUCGCAAAGAGCUGGGCCACGUUCGCGCACAAGUGCGGUGUGAGGAUUCUAAGCUGAAAUUUUUGAUAGAUCGCGCGGUCGGUGAUCGUCCAGGUUUGGUGGACGGCGAUUAUGUCAUCGUAGAAUUUGACACGCCCGAGGGACAAGACAGACGUGUCUACGCCAACGUGGUUCUUCGCGGGUUAAAGGGCAUGCAUCUACCGGAAUUGAGCUCGCUGCGAGUGCGCAAGAACACUUGGAAAUUUUGUUUCUAUCAAGCAGUCGUGGCUUUAUUGGCGAGAACUCAGCUCAGAUAUAAGUACGCGUGGAGCGCCAAUAUCGAUUACAUCUACGACCACGCCUGGACACUUUACACUCAUAUCGGCACGAUUAAUGUAAAGAAGAAGCAGCGUCUGGAUGAUGUUGUCGUGUACAAUUACAAGUAUGAUGUCGAGAUCGAGCUAAUUCAAGAGAUGAAGGAUAUACCCGUUGUGCAAAAUGUCGAUUUUGACUACGAGGAGAACGAUCUAAAGAGACAGAUCACAUUACGCCGAAAGGAUCCUUUGGAGGUCAGGGUGGAACUCGGCUGUCAGAAAAUAACGAAUUUGGAAUACGUACCUGUGCACGAAGAAACACGCAAGAUCGAGGAAUGGUUCGACAAGCUGGCUGCGCGAUAUCGCGACUGCAUCUUCCGCACGACUAGAUUCUCGUUGGCGUUCUGGCAAGAUGGCCUCUUCUGGUAUCUCUACAAUCCGUAUCGAUGCAACGAGUUCGGCUACUGGGACGAUAAUGGUCGCGCUUGCAUCGUAAAGUUUUGCUCCAAGAACUCGCUACGGAGACACCUGAUGAUCCUUCUGUUGCGAGCUUACGCCUACAAAAUUCCGAAACCGUGCGAUCUGAAUCAAUCGAAGAUGAUUCACGUGAGCGACGACGCUUUCGAUGUUCAAAUCUUCCACGUGAACUUUCAUUGUUGUCAGCUGCAUAAUCUCAAGUUACUUCAACGCGGCGUGCCUGAACGGUCGCAACAACGCGCCCAAGAGCGUUCGUCGGAUUCUCUUCUCGAAAUCGAAGACACGACCGAUCAAGAGGAAGACGACGAGGAUGAUCCGAGAGAACCGAGGGAGAAAGUCACGUGGUUGAAGCGUCGCCGAGUCACUUGGAGCAGAUGCCCGCCCGCAAAGCGAAAGAGCCGUGCCAAAGUCGCCGUUAGCGACAAAGUGACGAGGUGGCAUCAGUAUUACGUGGAGAAGCCCAACAGGCUCUUCUCCCUGUGGGGCGAGAUACACAUAACCGACCGUAUGUUCGACGAAGCGAAUCGAGGCAUGCAAACGUAUGCCUGUUAUGUGGUGUGCGCUGGCAUGACCAGGAUCAUGGCGCCGGAAUAUUGGAGCUCGAAGAUCCUCGACGCGAUCGUCGCGUGCGGCGAUCGUUAUUACACGUGCAGCAAACACGAGGCCGAGCUCAAGUCCGUCGAGACCGACUACGCUCACGUGAACUGCUGGAGCAGGUAUCUGUGCGAUCGCUUCGAGAUUGGCGAGACUCUGUUGGAGGCCAGGAUGUUACCGGCCAUUUGCGGCAGAUUGUACGCAAGAUCGCGCGAAUGUCUACGAGGAACGCUGGAACGACUGUUCUCCGAUCAUCAUUUUGGCAUCCUGACGUGCGAGAGCGCCUGUCUCGGUGUCUUCAAGUUUUGCGGCGCGUAUUACAUGUGCGACGUCAACUCAUUUGGCCCACCGCUCUUCCCAUACGGUCACGGUGCUUCUUAUCUGAUGAGGGCUACGUCUCUCGGCGAAUUUGUGAUGGUACUCGUGUUGACCAUCGCCUCGCCAGAACGUAGUCGAUUCAGUCUAAAUCCCGUGGAAAUUCUCAAAAUUGUCGAUAUUGGUGCGGCUUAUAACUCUCGCGCGAGGAUGAAUGACAGAAGAAAGCGUUUUAGAAGAUUCGCCGGGAAGAUGUGUACGUUCGAUGAACGGAGGAAGGGAAAAAUAAAAAAGUAGAAGUGCAGAAGAGCUGAAAUAAAUUAUACAUACAAUAAUAAUUAAAAGUCUAAUCGAAGAAAAAACUGUCAGUGCGAAAUAAAAUGUAAAAUUAAAAAGUGAAAGUAUUUUUUAUAAAUACAUAUUGACGUAGAACAAUUUGUUUGUUACUUUAAUUGAGUCUAAACUUUGUUAUAUAUAGAGAAUAUCAAGCGAAAAUUUCGACGCAACCAUUUUGAAAUUACUAAACGAUCGACGGGUUUUAAUAUUUAUGCGUGGAGAAGCUACGUGUAAACGUUUGUACAAACGUACGAAUGUAUUUUCUACAACAUUGGCGCGAUUUUAAUAAAAAAACAUUGUUGUAAAACCGUAAGUUACGCGCUAAAGCACGAUAAUGUCACGAAAUUAAAUCUUUUUUGCGAUAU